CUGGCCCAGCCCGCCCGGAAAAUGGAGGUUGUGGAGGCCAGCACCCUUCAGCAGGAGAGGCUGCAGGCCAUCGCGGAGAAGCGGAAACGUCAGACGGAGAUUGAGAACAAGCGGCGGCAGCUCGAGGAUGACAGGCGGCAGCUGCAGCACCUCAAGUCCAAGGCUCUGCGGGAGAGAUGGCUGCUGGAGGGAGCCCCAGCCUCAGCCUCCGAGGAGGAUGAAGCCAUGAAGAAGCAGAUGCAGGAGGAUGAGGUGAAGACCAAGGAGCUGGAGGAAACCAUCCAGAGGCUGGAGAAGGAGCUGGAGACGCUGGAGAAUGGCAGCUCAGCAGCUUCCACCAAGGAGAACCUGGCAGAGGUGGCAGCACCAGCCAAGGAGGAGAAGGCAGAGCCAGUCGCCAACACACAAAAGAGUCCCCUGGGCACAGUCAAGGCCGAGAAGAAGGUUUCCAGCAGCCCAAUGAAGGCGGUGGAAGGCACUGACAUGAUGAAGGCAGCCAUGUACUCGGUGGAGAUCACGGUGGAGAAGGACAGAGUGACUGGGGAGACCAAGGUCCUGUCCAGCACCACCAUGCUCCCCCAGAACCACUGUCUGCAGGGGGUCAAAGUGUACGAGGAUGAGCUGAAAGUGGUGCACGCAGUGAGCGCCGAGGAUGGGGCACUGCAGAACGGGGCUCACCCCCUCAGCUCCUCCGAGGUCGACGAGCUCCUGCACAAGGCAGAUGAGGCCACCCUGAGCGAAGCUGCCGGGCGUGAGGCCUCAGCCAAGGCUGGUGGGGAGGCUGGCAGUGCCCCGGGCAGCCAGAAGCCGACGCCACGACGAGAGAUCACAGGGCUGCAGGCCAAGCCCCGGGAAAGCAGCACGGUGCUGCCGACAGGCGAGGGGAUAGAAGCGAGCCGAGAGCAGCCUGUCACCAUGAUCUUCAUGGGCUACCAGAACGUGGAGGAUGAGAACGAGACCAAGAAGGUGCUGGGGCUGGAGGGCACCAUCAAGGCUGAGCUGGUGGUGAUCGAGGACGCCGAGAGCAAGCCGGAGCCGGAGCGCAAGGACCACGCACCGCCCAACGGCACCGCGCUGGAGCCAGCAGCUGCCCAGCCCACGGGAGAGGAGGGCUCCGGCGGGCAGAAGCCGGGUGCCAACGCCACAGAUGCCAAGGAGGCCGAGCAGGAGACGGACGUGAAGAAGCAGCGCUGCAAGUGCUGCACGGUGAUGUGA